AUGGCUGGCAACGCAAGUGUGACUAAAAUCAACGACGAGUAUGUCGAGUCGCUUUACCAUGAUGAAAAGGCUCAGUCGUCCCCACCACCGAGUGACCUAGACGCCGGACUCAGCGACGAGCAACGGAAAAGAAGAGACCGCGAGUUGCUGUGGAAGCUUGACCUCAACCUCAUCCCGUGGCUGUGCCUUCUGUACCUGAUUUCGUUCUUGGAUCGAACGAACAUUGGCAAUGCAAAGGUCGCAGGCCUACAAAAAGACCUCAAGAUGACCAAUGGGCAAUGGAAUGCUUCACUCGCCAUCUUCUUUGUCUCCUAUUCGGUCUUCGAGCCCGCGAGUAACGUGCUUCUCAAAUGGUUUCGCCCCAGCAGAUACAUCCCAGUGAUAAUGGUCCUUUGGGGGGUAGCUUGCGUUUGCUGUGGCUUGGUCCAUGAUUUCGCCGGGCUGGCGACGGCUCGCUGGUUCCUUGGCCUGUUCGAAGCUGGCCUCUUCCCUGGAUGCAAUUUCUACCUAUCAUGCUGGUACAAGCGCUCGGAAUUCGGUGUCCGCUCAGCCAUAUUCUUCAGCGCUGCUGCCAUCGCCGGCUCAUUCGGUGGCUUCCUGGCAGCUGCAAUGAGCCAGAUGGACGGCGUAGGGGGCAAAGCCGGCUGGGCUUGGAUUUUCAUUCUGGAAGGUCUCAUUACUAUUGUUGUCGGUCUGUUGUCUGUCUGGAUGGUCCACGAUUUCCCUGAUGAAGCCACUUUUUUGUCCGCAGACGAUCGUGUCAGAGUCUACCAGCGACUGAAAGCAGAUCAACAAUCAAGUGCAGACCAUGAAUCAUUCAAGUGGGCGUAUGUCAUGGAAAGUCUCCGAGAUUGGAAGACGUACACGAGCGCCUUGAUUUACAUGGGAGCUGGCGGUGGGCUGUACGGCUUCAGCAUCUUCCUCCCAACCAUCUUGGCCGAGCUCGGGUACAAAGCAACAACCGCCCAGCUGAUGUCCGUCCCACCAUACAUUGCCGCCGCGCUGCUCACCAUCGCCGUUGGGUUCCUGGCUGACCGAAUCCGCCAACGAGGACUAUGUGCAAUUGCAGUCUCCUCACUCAGCGUCAUAGGGUUCGGCAUCCUAGUCAGCGACCUCCCCGCGGGUGCGAAAUAUGCAGGAACUUUUCUGGCGGCGAUGGGCAUAUAUCCCUGCAUACCCAACACCGUCACAUGGCUGUCGAACAACACAGAAGGGGUCUACAAGCGCGGCAUAUCCCUUGGACUCGCGAUGGGCUGGGCAAACUUGCAAGGUGUUGUGAUCAGCAAUGUCUACCGAGGCAAAGACGCUCCUCGUUUCAUCACUGGCCACGCUGUCGUCAUCGGAUACCUGGGGCUAGCUCUCUUUGGUGGUUCGAUCCUUCACUAUUUCUUGCUACGCCGAGAGAAUGGAUUAAGAAGGUCCGGUGCACGCGAUCAUCUCCUUGAAGGCAAGUCUGAGGCAGAGCUCAGAAUGAUGGGGGAUCUGAGGUGA